CAACUGAAGCUCUAGCUGGUUCUCCAAAACUUUCUCUUCUUCGUCCGCCAUCAGAGGUCUCGCGAGAAUUCCAGUGAAGUCAGUUUGUCCUCAAAUCAUAUAAAGCCAGUUGAUUAGUGAGGGGUGUUUUGGAAUAAAAAAUAAAAUACAGUGCCAAUUUAUAAAUACACAAAACACUAAUCCUGGAGUGUAAUUAAAAGAAAGAUGAUUUCUGCACGUGCUACAAAGGUUGAGGGAAAGCCGAAGCAGGCCGGAGAAAGCCCAGUAGUCCGUACGGCUAGAGCCCAAUAUUGAAUUCCUACCCUCUAGUCCGCAAUACUCUUGGGCCCCGAAGUUUGGAGCAAUAGUCAGUUUCCAGCCCAAUUAAAACUUGGGCUCAAUCCAUUUCCACCCAACUGCUUCAAGUAUCUUAAGGCGGCAAAUAUUUCAAAACCCUAAUCGGAAUCGGAAGGAGAGGAUGAGUCAUCGUCAUCUUCACGAGCAAAAUCACCAUCAAGCGACGGAUGGUCUGGUGAAUUUGUUCUCGAAAGCCAACCAUGAUCUUCUCGUCGUUCAGUACAGGCUCGAGAAGGAGUUUCAGCAGAUUUAUCCAGAUAAUGCGAAUCCUAUGAAGCUGGUCUCCAGGAUAAAGAAAAUGCAGGAGGAACUGUCGACAUUGCAAGAGCAGUGUCGUGAGCUUUUGUCUGCUAAACAGGAUUUGAUAGAUAAGGCUAGGACAACUGUUGUUGGGAACAGAAAUUUACUGCACCGGAUGCAAGGAGUUAUGGGCACUACAGUCACUGGUGAUUCUGAUGAUCCGGCGUUUGCAAACUUUAACCAGAUCAUUGAUGAAUGGACAGCUCAAGUCAGGUCAAAAAUUGGUGAUGGGACACAAGAUUCAGAGUCUGAGGAUAUUAACAAAUUACUAUUUUCAGCUAUUGUUCAAAGUAACUAACAAGUGCUUACACUUAAUGAUUUGGAAUGUGCUGAUCCAAGCCCCAGAUGAUGGUGAAUCAAGAAAUCAACUAUCAGGUGAAUAUGAUAGUUUUAUCAAGAAUUUCGUGUACUAGUUUGUUUGGUUGAUUAACAAAUGAAUUGCUAUUCAAACUAUCUUGUAAAUGAUGAUUUGAGUGGAUGAUAACAAGGCAUGUAUUCUCAUGUUUAAUAUAUUGUUUCAUUGGUU